CAAUAUUGUGCUUUCCAGGUUGAGGAUAACAUCUGCAAGUUUGCAAAGAAAGGUUUGACACCUUCUCAAAUUGGUGUUAUUCUUCGUGAUUCUCAUGGAAUUGCUCAAGUGAAAAGUGUCACCGGUAGCAAGAUUCUCAGAAUCCUGAAGGCUCAUGGACUUGCUCCUGAGAUUCCCGAGGAUCUCUACCACCUUAUCAAGAAAGCAGUGGCCAUCAGGAAGCAUCUUGAAAGAAACAGGAAAGACAAGGAUUCCAAGUUUAGAUUGAUUCUCGUCGAGAGCAGGAUUCAUCGACUUGCUCGCUACUAUAAGAAAACAAAAAAGCUUCCACCAGUCUGGAAGUAUGAAUCAACCACCGCCAGUACUCUUGUGGCUUAGAGAAGUCAUGGCACGGGAUUACUAGUUUCUUGGUUAAGUCCCAUCUUCAAAAUUAUAGACUAAGUUGUUUUUGUAUGGGCGAGUUUGAAUGGAACAAAUUUUGUUUUGAGAGAUGAUAAGGGAACAUUUCCAGCUUUAAAUUGGCAUCCGAUUCUCUUAGUACUUCUGGUAUAUUUAUGUUUAGCUAGUGUUUUUCAUUUUCCGUCUCA